CUCAGCCCAAUAAUUAUUUAAUAAAGUAUGUCUGACAAUAAUUUCACUGAUGUAAUUAUCGAAGAUGCUCAGAUAGGAGCCUCAAUUUUCAGCAUGCUCAACUUGAAGUACUACUUCUUCGCUAUUCUAAUCAUCUCCUUCCUGGUCAUGUCUUGUGGUAAAUCCAGCACUGAUAGAAGGAUGAGGCUCUUAAGCCAAAGAAGAAAAAUAGUUCAGGUCUGGACUAGUGAAAAGCGUGAUAAAAUAAAAGAUCUGAGCAAGAAGUCUGUGGAUAUCAAGGAUUUCAGACAGUUCAAACCCUCUGAUAUUGAAAACAUCACUGCUUUAAACACAUUGAUUAAUUCGUACAUUUCUAAGAUGUACGAAGAGAUCAAACCUUGACUGUCAUUAAAUAAAACUGCUGAAGAUGAGAAUUCAAACUAUUUGAGAAGUGAGACAGCCAAUGAAGAGGGUAAGAAUGUCCCCGGUCUUGCCGAGGGCUCUAUCCCCAACUCUGAAACGCCUUAUCUGAAGGAAGGGGUUACUACGACUUCUUCAGAAUCAAGAGGGGUGGCGCCACCAUCUAACUCCACCAAUAAUAAUUCAGAAGGUUAUUUGAAAUCAGGAGAAAUGGAGCAAGGAACAGAAAGAAAUUUUUGAGGGUCAGAGAGCAAGGAUUUCCUGUCCGGAUCCCCUAGAGAAUUCCAUCAGAAGAGGAGUAUUCUAAAAACCCAGAAGAAUGUGUCAUUCAACUUGAGCCAAAAUAAAGUUAAAUUUAUUUAACUAUACAUGUUUC